AUGUAUACAUUUCUCCUCUUUUACCUAUUCAUAAUUGUAAAAGCAACUAUUGCCGGUAUUUGUCUGCAAAAACAAAAGCCAGAUCAAAUUCGUUUGGCUAUUGCUGGUAUAAAUAGUGUGAAUGUUGGUUGGCAUUCGUAUGCUUGCCCAUUCAUUGAUGACAAUCCCAAUCCUACUCCAAAGGUCAAGUAUGGUCUUUCGCCUGCAGCACUCACUUCCAAUUCAGUCAACGGAAAACCAAGUACCUAUAACACAAAAAAUUUUUUUACGAGAACAUCUUGGUUCUACGGUGUUGAACUUCAAGAUCUUCAACCACGUACCCUUUACUACUAUCAAAUUGUUGCAAUGAACAAUGGAUUAGCGUCAGACAUUUUCUCUUUUACAUCACCACCAGCUCUCGGUGAUCGAAGUCAACCAGUGAAGAUUGCUGCCUAUGGUGAUAUGGGUGUUGAUGGUCUACUAGGAACUUUAAUCAAUGGUGUCUGUCUUUUUGAGCGAGCAGUAAUAGCUUUGCAGAAAAUGUUACCAUCGAUUGAUUUUUUCUUGCAUCAUGGUGAUAUUGGUUAUGCCGAUACCACUCCUCUACUUGUACUUGGAAAAACCUACGACCAGGCUAUGGAUGAGUAUCAAAUGGGAAUGAUGAAUAUAACCAAUUUUCCAAAUGCUCCUUCUGGUAAUCUUCUUGACACUGAAACUCAAGUAAAUUGGCUAAAAAAUGAUUUAGCUGCUGUAAAUCGUUCUAUCACUCCGUGGAUCAUUGUUCAAUGUCAUCGACCAUGGAAAGGAUCGAUACCAAUUCAAACUAUAUUUUCAGGUGGAAUCAUCAACUGUCCCCAAUGUAAGGCAGCUUUUGAGGCUAUUUUGAUUCAAUACAAAGUGGAUAUCUACUUUGCUGGCCAUGUACACUGGUUUGAACGCAUUUGUCCAAAUGGUGGAAUGAAGACAGCUGACUAUAUCAAUCCAGAUGGUCCCAUCUAUAUCACUAAUGGUGCUAUCGGCAAUCCCGAAGGCAACGAACAUGUUUUCCAGAAAUCAAGCGACUCUUGCUGUCUCAUUACUGAUCCCGGCUUUGGUGUUCUUACACUUGUAAAUGCUAGUCAUGCCACAUUUAGUUUUUAUCGAACUUCGGAUUUAGUCGAACUUGAUCGAAUCAAUAUCAUCAAAGCUCAUUGA